AUGAUAAAUGGUGCGCGGAGAAGAUUGCUCCAAGAUGUUAGAGUCCUGAGGGGGGCAGAUGCUGCUAGUAACCACCAUCUUGUGCUGGCAGUAAUACAAGUUAAGCUCAGAAAAUCAGGUGCAAGUAAAGUUAAACAGCCAAGAUUUGAUAUUGACAAACUAAAGGACCCCAGAGUCAAAGGUGCAUUUCUACUAGAGCUUCAGAACAGUUUUCAGGUUCUAGCAGACCUUGAAGAAACUCAGACAGAACAGGACAAGAUCAAUGAAGAGUGGCAGAGGGUCAAAACAGCAUACCAGAAGUCAAGUGAAACAUGUCAAGGGAAAAAAAAGAGGGAGAGAAAGGAGUGGAUGACUGAAGACACAUGGCAAACUGUAGUGAAACGUAGGGAAGCGAAAAAACUUUAUUUGAGUGCAAAGUGGGAUAGGCUAAAAGAGACAUUUAAAGGUAAAUAUCAAGAAGCAAACAGAUUAGUUAAAAGAAAGUCAAGAGCUGACAAACGAGCCUUCAUGGACAACCUAGCUAGCCAGGCAGAAGAGGCUGCAAAGGCUGGUGAGCACGGCAAAGUAUAG